GUUGUGGACAAGUUUUCUACAGCUCCCUGAGGGCGUUCUAGCCGUAACUUCCGUAGCUCUAUAGCUUCCAGAACUGCCCUCCUAGACGGUUCUCGGAGUUUCUUCUCUAUGGCUGCUUGCCGCCGGACCGGGAGGGCGGCGGGAGGUUUGCGCCUUUAAGCCUAGAGCCUGAGGCGCGGGGAGGGGGGCAACUGAGCCGGGAGCAGAUGGAGCCGGAGAUGGAGCCAGAGACGCUGGAGUCAAAGAUCAAUAGAGCUACAAACCCUCUGAACAAGGAACUGGAAUGGGACAGCAUCAAUGCAUUUUGUGAUCAGCUCAAUAAGGAACUAGAGGGCCCUCCACUUGCCACCAGACUCCUAGCCCACAAGAUCCAAUCUCCACAAGAAUGGGAAGCCAUUCAGGCUCUCACGGUCCUGGAGGCCUGUAUGAAAAACUGUGGCAAGCGCUUUCAUGAUGAAGUGGGCAAAUUCCGCUUCCUUAAUGAACUCAUCAAAGUGGUGUCGCCCAAGUAUCUAGGAAACAGGACUCCAGAGAAAGUAAAAUCUAAGAUCUUGGAGCUCAUGUAUAGCUGGACACUGGGACUGCCCCAUGAAGUGAAGAUUACGGAGGCAUAUCAGAUGCUGAAAAAGCAAGGGAUUGUUAAAUGUGACCCCAAAUUGCCAGAUGAUGCUCCCUUUCCACCACCUCCACCCAGGCCAAAGAAUGUGAUCUUUGAUGAUGAAGAAAAGUCUAAGAUGCUGGCACGCCUGCUGAAAAGCUCACAUCCUGAGGAUCUCCGGGCUGCCAACAAACUCAUUAAAGAGAUGGUUCAGGAGGAUCAGAAGCGAAUGGAGAAGAUCUCCAAGAGGGUGAAUGCUAUUGAGGAAGUGAACAACAAUGUGAAGCUCCUGACAGAGAUGGUGACUAACUACAGCAAAGGGGAGACAACGGAAAGCAACGAAGACCUCAUGAAAGAGCUGUACCAGCGCUGUGAGCGUAUGAGGCCCAUGCUCUUCCGGCUUGCCAGUGACACAGAGGACAACGAUGAGGCACUAGCGGAAAUUUUGCAAGCCAAUGACAACCUAACACAUGUGAUCAACCUAUACAAGCAGAUUGUAAAAGGGGAGGAGAUCAAUGGGGAGACUGUGGCUGGUCCUCUCCGAGGCAGCACUUCAGCACUUCUGGAUCUAUCAGGGCUGGACAUGCCAAUUGCAAGCCCCUCCUAUCCAGCCUUACCAACCUUCUCUGGUGGAGGGUCAGCAGCUCCUGUGCCAGAGCAAAGUAGCUUUGUGUCUCUGCUGGAUGAUGAACUCAUGUCAUUAGGGCUUAAUGACCCAGCAGCUCCCACAGCCCAGGCUGCAGAUAGCAGUGGCUGGAACAAUUUCCAGUCAUCUGACAGCCCUGAGCUUGGCAUCCCCUCAGUGCCAUCAGCCCCAGCGGGGAAAGUUGAUGCAGGGCUCUCUGCAGCAGCACCUCCUGCUGCGCCAAGCGGUAUGGAUGACCUGGACCUGCUGGGCAAGACACUGUUGCAACAGUCCCUCCCCCCAGAGUCUCAGCAAGUCAGAUGGGAGAAGCAGCCUCCACCUCGGUUGACACUGCGCGAUCUCCAAAACAAGAGCACUUCUAGCCCAUCUGUGAGCAACAGCGCCCCAUCCCUCCUCACAGGGCUCUCUUCAAACCCUCCUCCCCCUUUACCCCUCCCCUCGGAGCAUUCAGUACCUGCUGCAGUCCCUCGAGGGCUGCCAACACCCACUGGAGCCACCAUUCCUCCAGCAGGUUCACCUGCUUCAACCUCUCAGCUGGAAGUCUCACUAACGAAUGUCACUGUGCCUCUGGAAUCUAUCAAACCAAGCAACAUCCUCCCAGUGACUGUGUAUGACCAGCAUGGUUUCCGUGUCCUCUUCCAUUUUGCCAAGGACUCCCUGCCUGACCGGCCGGAUGUGCUGGUGGUGGUCAUCUCCAUGCUCAGCACAGCCCCCUUGCCCAUUAGAAAUAUCAUCUUUCAGUCAGCUGUCCCCAAGGUGAUGAAGGUGAAGCUGCAGCCACCAUCAGGGACAGAGCUCCCAGCAUUCAACCCAAUUGUGCCCCCCACUGCUAUCACCCAAGUCCUUCUGCUUGCUAACCCACAAAAGGAGAAAGUGAGACUACGAUACAAGCUGACUUUCACAAUGGCAGAUCGAACCUACAAUGAAAUGGGCGCCGUGGACGAGUUUCCCCCUCCAGAAUCAUGGGGAAACCUCUAGUGCUGCAGCCUGGUUGCUGUGUCUGACUUCUAAAGAUUCUGCCUCCCUUAGGACAAGAUCCUUUCCAGGGCUGGCUAGAGCUGAAACUCUGCUCUUGGACUGAAAUGCUGGCAGUAUGCUGUGGGGUGAAGAAUGGCAGGCAGAGGAGAGAGAGGUGCCUGUAGUCAGGUUGUUGGGGCAGGAAAGAUUGUGCUAUUUUCUGUUCUUCUAACUUGGUCCCUGAGCCUGCUCCCUUCAUCCUGCUCUUCCUCCUCCGGUUUCUCCUCCAUGAAAUGGUGGUUCUAAUGAGCUGUAGCUGCUCUGAGCAACUGAACUCCAGGGAAUAGACUCUUUGGAUCUUCUGUGUGACCUCCCCUUCCUGCUAAGGUUAUAUUGGCCCUUAUAACUUCCCACCUGUCAGCUCUGUCACCACUCCACACUCUCCAUGAGCAAACCUACAGACAUGGGAGGUUGAUGCUACAUUGAUAAGCAGAAUGAUGCCCCUCACUCUGUUUCCUCAAGGUUUGAUUGGUGUCUUGUGAUUGGUCACAGGCGAUCCAGCUGGCCCAUUUGUGAUUCCAUAAGUAAACGAGCCUUGAAAUGACAGGGUAGUUGGAACUUUUUGCUCAGGCUGCCUUGAUCCCCUUCAGGGCUGGAUAGCAGACAUAGACUAAUGCUCAUUGUGCUUGUUGAGCCACUAAUGAGCAGAGUUUGGCUGAGCUGCCAGGAUGAGCAAGGAAGGGAAGUGGGUAGUGUGCCUAGUCUAAUAUGCCUUACAUAAGAAGGAGUUGCAUUAGAGGUCUUGAGAUCAUUCUUCCACAUGCUUUCCCUUUCCGACAGGAGGAACCUGACAAUACCCUGAGACUAUGUGCAGGCAAACAAGAGGUCCAUUUCAUGAACUGAAUUCACUGUACUGUACAUGAAACUCUUACACCUCUCAUAGCUGUGGAUUCCAGCAGCUCAGUCUCCAUCAGAAAGCAGUGCUGAGAAGAGGGUCCUGAGGAAAAGAAAAGGUUGCCAUACUUGCAUCCCUCCCUACAGAUCAUUCCUAUCUGGGUGGCCCCUCUUCUUCCUCUCAAGCCAGUAUGCUCAUAAGCUCUGGGCCAGAAGCAUGCAGUCUAUAUGGCUGUCUCUUAUUCUCUUGAGCAAAAUACCCAUGGAAAUGCCUGGUAGCAUGAGCUCACCUAGUUGCUUGAUGGGUUGUUCCAUGGGAGGUGGAAUCGAGCUUUCUUGACAAAAACAGUGGGUGAGAUUGUGGUGGAGAAUGUUUUACCCAAGUGGGUUGUGCACUUGUUUCAGACAGUAAUAUUCUGGUUUUGGUGGGGAGGCCUUUCUGAUAUGGGGUUCUGCUAUGACUGGAUGCUUUUACUUUCUGGUCUCUUUCAGGGUGAUAUUUGCCUCCUUACUCUCUUUAGAUUCGGUUCAGUUUGGUUCUUGAAACAGACUUGUACAUAUUUAUAUAUAUGAGUGCAUAUUCUGCACAUGGUAAAGAACUUUAAAAUAGACUGUGUGAAAUCUGCUGUAUUACUGGGAAAUAAAUCAAUUUCUUCCCUGAA